AUGUACACAGUUGCUGUACACACAAUCGGAGCCACCUGCACAUCAACGGAUGGAUCAAAGGGUGACUGCUCGGAUGUCAACGCCAUUUGUCCAACAACAAGCAAAAAGUGUGAAUGUAAAUCUGGAUACACCGGACCUACUGGAGGAACAUGUGUUAUUACUCCUGGAACCGCUGGUGGCGCUUGCUUAACAAAUCCUGCCUGCACUGGCGACACUUUAGUAUGCCAAUCAUCAGUAUGCAAGAUCAAAGCCGGAGCAGCCUGUACUUCACCUACCGCUCAUUGUGUUCCACAGUCGACCUGCUCUACGACCUGCAAGUGUGAUGACGGCUACACUGCACUACAGACUGGCUUGUGUACUGCCAUCGACCAAGGGAAGGUAAACGCAGCCUGCGAUGGAACUAGGGUCUGUACAGGAACAAAUGUGGAAUGUACAGGCGGGUUCUGUACGUGUAAGGACGGUUUUUCGGGGAACAAAGGCGACAAUGAUUGUACCUCAAACAAAGGGGUGGCACUAGGACAGGUGUCUGUGUGGACUCUCUGUAUGACCAUCUUGACCGUGUCGCUGGCUGUCAACGUGGUGUAGGCUGUCACC